AUGUCAACAGGACAGAAGCUUUUGGUUGUCCUUACAUCGCAAGAUGUCCUUCCCACGCGGUCCAACAUGAAAACAGGGUGGUAUCUUCCUGAGCUGGUCCACCCGUACAACGACUUGAAUGGCCACGUCGAUCUCGUUGUGGCUUCUCCUAAGGGAGGGGAAGCUCCUGUUGACCCGUACUCCAUUGAGGACUCUAAGAAUGAUGAAGCUUGCCAGAGAUUUUUGAAGGAGAAAGAGCAUAUCUGGAAGAAUACCCAGAAGCUCGAAAGCUUCCUUGGCAAGUCUUCCGAGUACGUCGGAAUAUUUUUCGUCGGAGGUCAUGGACCCAUGUUCGAUCUCUCCGUAGACCCCACGUCUCACGCCCUAAUUCGUGAAUUUUACGAAUCAAACAAGUUGGUCUCCGCUGUUUGCCACGGGCCAGCAGCCCUGGUCAAUGUCAAGCUGUCGGACGGAAGCUACAUGGUUCAGGGACAGACAGUCACGGGAUUCUCCAAUGCCGAAGAGGACGCUUACAAGUUUACUGAUGCAAUGCCGUUCCUGCUCGAAGACAAGCUGAAGGAACACGGCGGGCAGUAUGAGAAGGCAGAUCAGCUCUUUGGCGUCAAGGUGGUCACUAGCGGUAAGAGCGAGAACUUGAUUACGGGACAGAAUCCUCCGAGCGCUGGGGUCAUUGGCAACGUGUUGUUGCAGGCUAUGCAGAAGGUUUAA